AUGCAACGGCGACUGUUUGAAUGUCCAAUUUGUAAUCGGGCCCAUGGAAUUAAUGAUUCAAGUAUAUUGUUAUGCCAAAAUUGUAGGAAUGAAUUUCAAAGCAUCAAAUUAGAGUUGGAUAAAAACAUACUUAUAAAUCAAUUUAACAAGGGCUGUAUUGAUCAUGUUUUUUCUGUAACCAAGGAGCUUCAUAUGGGUAAGAAAGUGCCUUAUGAUGAUACUUUUCCUGAGGGAUUGGAUAAUGAGAUGUUAGUUCCUUCAUUCAAUUCUAUCAAGACCUUGGCAGUACAGUUAAGCAAAUUAAAAAACUUAAAUUUGAUGCUCAAGAUAGAGCUCAUCAAAAGGUCAGUGGAAAAGUUCGAAGGCAAAAUAAGUAGGAUUUCCAAUGAGAUCUUGGAAGCGGAACAAGCAUUAAGAAAUAGAGAAACAUCAGUAGCUGAUGGCAAAAAAGAAAUGAUCAUUCAAUUUGACAAACUAUCAAGCUCACUUCAUUCUAGUAUUGAGGAUUAUCAGGUCAAUAAGAUCAACCAGAUCGAAAAACAAGCGAUAAAAUUGCAAUUCCAACAUUACAUGGUUCUAAAUGAAAUAUUUUUUUCAAAAGGACCAAAUAAUAGACUCAUGUUUUAUAGUCAACCCAUAUUAAAACUAGAGGGUUUUUUGGGAUACAAUAUAUUAUCAAUUAAUCAGUUCUUGGAAAAUUUAAUAAUACUACAAUGCCAUUUGUCUGACUUAUUUAAGGCAGACUUACCAUACAUUAACGAAUUGAGAUCAUUUUUACCAAAUUCGGAUUUCUAUACAUUGAUCAAAGAGAAAGAAAAAAGCAUGCUAGGAGAUGAAAAUGAAGAGAAGGAAGUUGAAGAGGUAAAAUCAAGUCCCGCCGAGACAGAAAUAAAAAGUAAUAACCAUCAAAGGGUGAUUAAGUUAGGUGACAGAAUACAACUUCCAUUGUCAUCCAAGACGAUUAAUAACCAAAGGCGAGCAUCCUUGUUACGUACUGAGACUCCUCAAGUCCGUCAGAAAGAACCUGAAGAGUUCAAUGAGAGACCUGUUUUGUUUAAGAGCAAUACAACGAAAAGAUUAGUGAUUGUUCCCCAUAAAAUCUUGAAUCGACCGUUCAACAAGUUAACUGUGAAGGAUUUCUUGAAAUUUCUUCUUGUCGUUGUCAAGAUAUUAUCAAAUUUCAAAACCUUUUUCUCUUUUACGGUUAAUAGCUCCCUGACCUUAGAGGAAAGCAAUGAUUUUGACUUUGAGGAGAUAUUGCUCAGGCUUCCCAACAUGCAUCACUAUUUCGAGAAACGACUAGCUCAGUUAGACGUCCAUUCAUACCUGAUAACCCCAAAUCUCACUUCAACAAGUACAGCGACUUCAACAUUAUCAGAGGAAUCUUUUUCAUCGGCUGAGAGACCAGAAUUGAAAACUCUAAUGGAAAAUGUCUACAAACUAAUGAUGAACGGAAAUGACCGCAACUACGAUAAUUCUUCAAAUGGAUCUCCAGAUCCACCAAGUUUAUUAAAGGACUUGAAUCUCAGCGACCUUAUAGCGAAUCAAGCAAAAUUCCAUCUUGGUGACUGGGAUAUCGUAAGUAAAAUAUAUUAA